AUGGCGCCCCCAAGCGACAAGACCAACGACUUGGAGCGGAGGGUGUCGGCGAGGACUUCGGCGCGAAUAUCGCUUGAUGCUGUCGAUGAGGAUCACGACCUUGCUUUGGGGGGCAUGGUUUCGGAUGGAUUCCGGCCGCGCGGGAUGUCUACGCCCUCGCUGACUUCGGGCUCGUCAACACUCGUGCCCGACGACAGCCCGGCUUCGUCGUCAAGGACCGAUCGCCCCACGACUACCCCGAAAAUCCAGAUGGCAUUACGCUCGUCGUCACCGCACGACGGGCCAACAAAGCUGGCUCGGCGAGCGACAAACUCAACCGAGUCGACCCAAUCGACCAUCUACUAUCCCCGCGAUGGCCCAUACCAGGGACCGUCCGCCCCAUCACACCCGUACCAAAUGUACCCGCAGAACGUCAGACCGGCGAGGACAAUGAGCACGGUGACGUCGUCGACGGUGCCGCCAUCCGAGUCGUCCUAUAACGGUCCGAGGGGCCCGAGCCAUCCCUAUGCCCUCUACCCCCAAGCCGAUAGCACGGGUGUCGAGCUGGAUGCAGAUGCGGUUCGGCCGGACGCGAUUCCCCUUGGCUUCCACGGUCUGCCAGAUCAGUACCGGCGGCGGGCAGGGCCCGAUGGCGAUGAUAUUGGCGACAUCAUUGGUCCCGAUGGCCACACCGAGCAGCUGCCUCCGUAUACCCGGUAUCCCGACGAGGCCUAUGCUAGGAAGGCAGCCGCGAUGGACGGGACCAUCGAUCCCGCUCCCGGAGGGGCCUCGAUUGUGCCUCCCAUCCAGACGGCGCCUGCGUCCGCCGUCCUGACGAUUCCGGGAGCGGGAGGCAUAGGGCUAGCCACCAGGAAUCCCGAGUUUGAGUCGACCGAUGACCUUGGCUCUCCGCGGUCGCGGCACUCGACGCGCAGUUUCGCCUCAGACGACAGCCAGCGACGGAUCAAUAUGGACGAGGGUGUGUCGGAAAAAGGAUCACCACCGAAGAAAUGGCAGCUCUGGAUGAGACGGAAGCUGUGCGGCGUGGUUCCAUAUUGGGCGUUAUGCCUGACCGGCGUGGUUCUGGUGAUCAUGGCUAUCGUCCUCGGCGCCGCGAUUGGCGUGUUCUUGGGACGACAAAAGAAGCCGCCGCCGGGACACCGGGAUGGGACUUGGGAACCCACGUUCGACACCUGGCCCACCACUGCGCCGCCGGAUCUCCAGCCCCUACCAACAGGGACUUAUUCGGUGCCGCUCAUGGCCGUGUCGACAUCGUCAAACACAUGUUUUUUGGACCCGAGCAUGUCGCAGGCCUGGAACUGUCUGGUAUCUUCCGGCCUGCAGAUGACUAUCUCCAAGGAUGACCACAACUACCUCGCCUCGCUGAACUCCAACCACUCUUACACGCUCGCGAGCUACGUGUAUUCCUACGGGGAGCAGCCUCCCACCAUCCCGCGGCCCGUUCCACUGGAACUCGUCAGCGACAGGUCGGAGCCAAAUCGCGGACCCGCGUGGUACAAAAUGUUGUCGUACAACAAGACCGUCAUUCUACCCGAAGGUUGGCUCAGCGUUCCGAACUCGCAGCGUCGAGCUCGCCACCUCGAUCCUCCCAUCGAUGGGAUAUCGGCCUUCAAGCGGAAGGGGAUUGCACAGCCCGGUGAGAAGCCUUGGGUAUGCAAUUGGCCGGAUACCUAUCUUGAACUUUUCAUCUAUGCCCAGCAGAAUAUUACCUCGCCGAAUUGGCCGAAUACAUGGUGGUCCUCAUCAUCAACAGAAUCGUCGUCCACGACGACGGCGAUAUCAUCAUCAACAACAACAACAACAACGCCGAGAGCGGGCCACCCAUGACGCAAACCCCCACUUCCUCCUCUACCACCUAUUCUUCCUCCUCUUCCACCACCACCACCUCCUCCUCCUCCGCUUUCACCACCACCGCGACACCAACAGGACCCUUCGGCCCGAUCGACACCGGCGAUGACUUCCCGAUGCCGCCGGCGCGCUACCCCAAGGUGGUCAAGCUGGAGGAGCGGCGCAUCUCGACGGCGGGCGCGCCGCGCGCGCGGUGCACGCAGGUGGAGAUCCAGGCGCCCGGGCAGGAGGCGCGCGUGGUGCGCGACCGCGACGGCAUCCCCGUCGUCGUCGACAUCCAGGAGACCGAGGCCGUCCUCCCGCCCGGCGCGCCCACGCCCGCCCCCGACCUCGCCAGGCGGUCGCCCAGCGAUGUCAGCCCCUGCGCCUGUAUCUGGUAUCUGACCUGAUGUGCCGUGGCGUGUCCUGCCCUGGCCGCUGCGGCUGAUGAUCGGCUCGGUGUUGUCUCUGCGCUGUAUUUAUUCACUCAUCCAACCCGUCCACCCCAUCCAGUCGUUCCUGUGUGGGUUUUCAUACGUUUCUCGCCCUUCAGUCGCGAACAUUUCAUCUGGGAUCGGCAUCUUAAAAACAACGAGCAUACGGCCUGCUAUUCGGCUUCCUUCUGGCUUUCUCUCAUCUGGGCUGGGAUGAGGUAAUUUUUUUUCUGCGUGUGUGUGUGUGUGUCUGUCUCUCUGGUCGGUGGCGGCGUUUGUCUGGGGGCCCUCUAAACAGGAGUUGUGCGGCAAGGCAAGGCUAGGAAAGGGGGCUACUACAGCUAUCUAUCUAUCUAUCUAUGAUGUAUGGAAGGGAAAGGGAGACAACAAGUUCUUGUUGCGCGUCU